AUGACCCGCCUGGGAGUAGCGCCCCAGACGAGAGUCCCGCUACCCAGAGCCAAGCCGGCCCGGCCUCUCACACCUCCACUUCCGGGGACUUUGCAAUUGGACUACAACUCCCAGAGAGAAGCAGGCACUGAGGAGGCUGGUGGAGGAGGAGCUGCUGAAGAUGCAGGUGUGGGUGUGAGCCUGGGCCAGGGGAGACAGGGUUUACUGCUGAGGGCUUGGGGCAGGACACAACCUUGGUUCGGUUUGCUCGCAUGCCCACAGGCCUAUGCUGGUACCAGGGAAGGAAAGCUAGACUUUAUCAAAGCGAAGAGGUCUCCUGCUCCCUGCAGUGGCCCAGAGAGAAAAAGGUCCCGCUUCAAUUCCGAGUCAGAAUCCAGCUCCACAUCCUUCAGUCCGGACUGCUCCGGAUCCCCAACAAAAGGCAGCACGACCAAGAAGGCGUAUCCAAGGAGAGCCUUAAAGAAAGCAGCUGAAAGCACGGAUGAAGAACAGCAAACAGGCCUGGUUGCAAAGAUGGGAUCAGAGGACAGCAGUGAGGAGGAAGGGGAGGGCUCUGUCAGAUCAGGUGAGGUCCGGAAGGAAGAGAACACCGAGGAAGAGGAUGAUGUGGGAAAAAAGCAGAAGGCUAGGGCUAGAAAGAAAGCUGGAGCCAAGAAGAAGCCAGCAGCACGCCAGGCCUCAGCAAGUAAGCAGGCUAGGGAAGGGAGUGAAAGCGGCGGGGAAGGUGCACAGAGAGGAGUGAAGGCGGAGGCCCACGCAAGUGCUAAACCACACGCGGAAAGUGAGGACAGUGAGGAGGAGACGCUAGCGAAGAGCAAGUGCAGGGAGCCCAGGUCCAGAGGCAGCAAAGGAGAGAGAACGAGGCAUAAGCAGAAAAGCAAGACUGCCAGGCUAACUGGAGGCCGUGGAGAUGGUGAGGAAGAGGAGGAGAGGGGGGAGGUGAGUAGUGGGGACAGCAGUGGGGAGGACGAGAAGGCAGCAAAGAGAAAGAGCAAUGACAGGACCCAGCCUGAGAGUGGGCGAAGGCAGAGAGCAAGCAGUGAGGAGGAUGAAAACAGUACGCAGGUGCAAGCUACUGCUCAGGGCAGCGUGAAUGGUGAGAGUGAUAGGGAGGGCGAAGCGAGUGACUCCCAGGCAGGAGGGAGCACCAGAGAGGAAAGGAGGAACCGUUCUUCCAAGAAGAGCUCCAAGAAAGGCAGAGCACGCAGUUCCUCUUCCUCAUCAGAUUCAAGUGCAAAACCCACAGGCCCGAAGGCUGCCUCUCGUAGCCGCAGAGAGGACCACCCAGCUCUGGUGAGACUAAAGCGUUAUAUUCGGGCGUGUGGUGCCCAUCGAAACUACAAGAAGCUGCUGAGCUCCUGUCGCUCCCACAAGGAAUGCCUGCGUGUCCUCAGGGCUGAACUGGAAGCUCUGGGCAUGAAGGGCAAUCCUUCCUUGGAGAAGUGUCGGGCCCUGAAGGAACAGCGGGAAGAGGCAGCCGAAUUGGCUUCCUUGGAUGCUGCCAACAUCAUCAGCAGUUCAGGCCGACCACGAAGACGAAAUGCCUGGAAGCCUUCAGGGGAAGGAACUCCCCCAGGGGAGCUUUAUCGUCGAGCCCUGGACUCGGAAGAGGACCGGCCACGCCAAGCACCUCCAGACUGGUCCCAUAUGCGUGGCAUCAUCAGCAGUGACGGUGAGAGUAGCUGAACUCCAUGUCCCAGGAUGCACCUUACCCUGUUGUACAAGAGCCUGCAGUGCAGAAGCAGCUUUCACAGACAACUAGAGGCGCAGGGGUCUCAGCUGUUGGCACACUACUCCAUUUCAUGUUCUCUAAGGUGGUUUUAGGGUUGGGGGGUUGUUUUGUUUUUAAAGACUUAAUAAAAAACAUUUGUAAUUACUUCAUCUGAACUGGUCCCUAACUCUCAUGCCCUGUCUGUCCUUUGGGGCCAAGAAAUUGGAAGUAGCCCUUGCUACUAGGCAAUAAAGUCUAGUGCUCUUUCUUAGUGGUUCCCCAGUUGUCCUAGCCCCUGGGCUGUGUCAGAGAGAGGAUAUGGCUCCUUUUCCUCCAGGGUGACCAGUUGGUGUCUCUGAUCAAACUGGCCCGUGUGGGAAAGACUGUAAGCUUUGUCACAGGUGAAAGCAGUCUUGGC